CAGAGAGGAUAAAGGCGGAGGUGAACAAACAGAAGCCAUUUCUAGGCAAGCUUAGAAACAUGGAGCCUAAAACAGCCCAACACAGUAAUGCUGGGGAGGAAAAGCAGCAGAGGGGAGCAGCUGGAUAUUGGAGAGGGGAAGAAGUGAAAGCUCUGCUCUCUGUGUGGAGGGAGAAACAGGCAUGGGAAGAGGAAGAGAGCAAGGCCAAGUAUGAGGCCAUCUCAAGCCGACUGAGAGAGCUUGGGGUGUGUAAAGACUGGGUUGAGUGUAAGGCCCAGAGUAGGAGUAUGGCUCUUCCAGACUGGAGGCCUACACAGACGGUCUACAAACAAGCUUCCGCAGAUACUAAAUCACUGAACCAAAUGCCUUACAUGGCAGAUGAAGAGUCUACUUCCCAAGCAAGUCUUCAGGAAGGGCUGGAAGGAGGCAGACACUGGUCUGACAAGGAGGUCCGUGCUCUACUAAAUAUCUGGGCUGAUAAGGAGGUUAACAAGCAACUCCAACGCUCCCACAGAAACAAGGCCAUCUUCCAGGAGAUGGCACGUCGUCUGGAGCAUCAACAUGGCGUGGUGCGAGACUGGAGACAAUGCCGCACCAAAUACAAGAACCUGAAAUAUGAUUUCAAAGUCAGCAAGAGCCAAGGCCGUCCAAUGAGAUUCUGGGCUGAGCUUGAUUGCAUACUGCAGGGCAAAGAUAUUGAAGGUGGCUUUGAGGAGGAGGACUCGUCUAGGAAAAUACCAGACAGAGACCAGCUGACCAGCAAAGAACAGGUUAUCAAGAUUGAUGAUGAUGAAAGUCUGGCAGAGAUGCAAACAAUAAUGAAUACUGCUGCCCACCCACUAAUUGGAAGAGAAACAGCAACAGCAGCAGCAGCAAAUGAAAUGAACGUAAUCACGGUGCAUGAUUCUGGCAGAAAUUGGAGUGAGGAAGAGGUGGCCGCGCUGCUUCAAAUCUGGGCUGAAGAAGGCAUUCAGCGACAGCUACAGGGCUCAACCAGAAAUAAAGACAUUUUCGUGCAAAUUUCACGCAAGCUUCUUCAGCAGGGCGUAGAAAGAGACUGGAAACAAUGUCGCACCAAGUAUAAGAACCUGAAAUACCUAUACCGUUCUCUGCAGAGAGGAAAGGCUGAUAUUGGAGAUCCUCGACGCGUCAUGAGGUUUUACGAACAGCUAGAUGCCCUUUUGUCCAAGCCGCCAAGAAGGAUGUUCAGUCCUCCAGAUCUUGAGGAGCUGUCCAUGGUUGGAGAUCCACAGGAGGCUAAUGACAUAAUUGCAGUUAGAUAUGAUCAGCCGUCAAUGAAUGAGGCCACUUUGAGAUCUUCUGCCAUUACUGCAAGAGUUUUUCAGAAUCAAGCUGGGACUGAAAACAUUUUAACGCAGUCAGAUGAAGAGACAAACAUGCAAUUUGGGAUGUCUGAAAUGAAUGCCAUAAUGGUUAGCAGUCCUCAGAUAGAAUAUGAACAGCAUCUCUCCUCUGACACCAUCACUGCUGUUAUAUGUGACAACGGGCAAAAGUACAGAAGAAACACACAAAGUGGAGACCAAUUAUACACAAGAGGAGUGCAGGUGGUGGCCACCAAUGGCAGAAAGAGGAAGGCUGCAGAUGAAGGUGACCGUUUGGUUCGUAAACAGUUUCAUCAGAGCACUGAUGAUGGAGAAAGCAGCACAGACUGGUCGGAGAAUAUAGACUUCCGAUGCAAAGAAGAGGGAGAUCAAUACAUUCCGAUCAUGGAGAUCACCUCUGUGUGCUCUAUGGCGUCUGAUGAAAUCACAGCCGAACAAUCGGAAAAACGAACCUCAGCAAAAAUGCCGAACACAUCAGAACUGAAAUUAGGUCAGAAACUGAACGAGGGUAAGACCAAGCAGAUCUUUGAGCUUGUGGAUGAACCGGGUCAUGUUCUGGUCCAAUCUAAAGAUCAGAUCACAGCGGGCAAUGCGGUUCGGAAGGAUCAGAUGGAGGGCAAAGCAGCUAUUGCCAAUAAGACCACAAGCUGUGUGUUCAAAUUACUGCAGGAUGUUGGUCUCAAAACAGCAUUUGUCAGACAAUAUUCAGAGACUGCUUUUGUGGCGGCCCACUGUGAGAUGAUACCCAUUGAGUGGGUUUGCAGACGGAUUGCCACUGGUUCCUUCCUCAAACGAAACCCUGGGGUCAAAGAGGGUUACCGUUUCUCUCCUCUAAAGAUUGAGAUGUUCUUUAAGGAUGAUGCCAACAAUGACCCACAGUGGUCAGAGGAACAAUUGUUGGCAGCUGGCUUUGAGCUGGCUGGCCUGACCAUUGGCUGCUGUGAAGUGGACAUCAUGAGCAAAAGCACAGUCGCCAUUUUUGAAGUCCUGGAGAAGGCUUGGGCCACACAGGACUGCACUCUCGUGGAUAUGAAAAUAGAAUUUGGUGUGAAUCUGACCACUAAAGAGAUUGUACUGGCUGAUGUGAUUGACAAUGACUCCUGGAGACUUUGGCCCGCUGGGGAUCGCAGCCAGCAGAAAGACAAACAGGUGUACCGUGACCUAAAAGAAGUCACUCCUGAGGCCAUGCAGAUGGUGAAGAGGAACUUUGAGUGGGUUGCUGAGCGAGUCAAGCUGCUCCUGGAGUCGCAGGCAAAAGGAAGGGUUGUAGUUCUGAUGGGUUCCACCUCAGACUUGGCUCACAGUGAAAAGAUCCGUAAGGCUUGUUCCACCUAUGGAAUUCCCUGCCACCUUAGAGUCACCUCAGCACAUAAAGGCCCUGAUGAGACCCUCCGUAUCAAAGCUGAAUAUGAGGGUGAUGGAAUACCCACCAUCUUUGUUGCAGUUGCAGGGAGAAGUAAUGGAUUGGGUCCUGUGAUGUCAGGGAACACAGCCUACCCUGUUAUUAACUGUCCCCCUACUACCCCUGACUGGGGUGCUCAGGAUAUCUGGUCAUCUCUUCGCAUGCCAAGCGGUCUUGGCUGCUCCACAGUUCUUUCUCCUGAUGCUGCUGCCCAGUUUGCAGCUCAGAUUUUGGGUCUAAAUGAUCACUUGGUCUGGGCCAGACUUCGGGCCUCCAUGCUCAACACCUGGAUCUCUCUGAAGCAGGCUGACAAGAAACUACAAGAGUGCAGCCUGUAAAAGACCAGCGUUUUCAUUCCCACAAAGCACUUUGUAAAUGUCCUCUUAUAAUUGGUCUACACACCUGUAACUGCCUUUGAAAAAGCCUAUGUGAAAUGCUGACCUUGCAAUAAUUAAAUUUCAGGUGUAAAAUACAUCGAUAAACAUUCCUUAAAAUAUAUGUAUUUGUCUUGAUGCUUUUUCUAAUCUGCAUGAUUAAAUGAAAACUUUGG